CGCCCCCUGGCGUCCGCGGGGGGAAUCGAACCGGCCGACACCUCCAAAUCAGUUUGAAGAUGGCGGAGGGUGAAUUGAACGUGGACAGCCUCAUCUCUCGGCUCCUGGAAGUACGAGGAUGCCGCCCGGGGAAAAUCGUGCAGAUGACCGAGGCGGAGGUGCGGGGCCUCUGCAUCAAAUCCAGGGAAAUCUUCCUCAGCCAGCCCAUCCUGCUGGAGCUGGAAGCGCCCCUGAAGAUCUGUGGUGACAUCCACGGGCAAUACACCGACCUGCUGAGGCUGUUUGAGUACGGGGGGUUCCCUCCAGAGGCCAACUACCUGUUCCUGGGGGACUACGUGGACAGAGGGAAGCAGUCUCUGGAGACCAUCUGCCUUCUGUUGGCCUACAAGAUCAAAUACCCAGAGAACUUCUUCCUGCUCAGGGGCAACCACGAGUGUGCUUCCAUCAACCGCAUCUACGGUUUCUACGACGAGUGCAAGCGCAGGUUCAACAUCAAGCUGUGGAAGACCUUUACUGACUGCUUUAACUGCCUGCCCAUCGCUGCUAUCAUUGAUGAGAAGAUCUUCUGCUGCCAUGGAGGGCUAUCGCCUGAUUUGCAGUCAAUGGAGCAGAUUCGAAGGAUCAUGAGGCCGACAGACGUGCCUGAUACAGGCCUGCUGUGUGACCUUCUGUGGUCGGACCCGGAUAAGGAUGUUCAAGGUUGGGGGGAGAACGACCGCGGGGUCUCCUUCACCUUCGGAGCAGAUGUGGUCAGCAAGUUUCUCAACCGCCACGACCUGGACCUCAUCUGCAGAGCCCACCAGGUUGUGGAGGAUGGAUACGAGUUCUUUGCCAAACGCCAGCUGGUCACACUUUUCUCUGCUCCAAACUACUGCGGGGAGUUUGACAAUGCAGGCGGCAUGAUGAGUGUUGACGAGUCCCUGAUGUGCUCCUUCCAGAUCCUAAAGCCCUCAGAGAAGAAGGCCAAGUAUCAGUAUGGCGGUGUGAAUUCUGGUCGGCCCGUGACCCCACCCCGCACCACCCAAGCCCCCAAGAAGAGGUGAACGUACAGCCUCGGCUCUCUCCCUCCUCCUCACCCCGUCCGUCCCUGUUCUGCGAGCACGGCAGCCCCUGUAACUCCCCUGUAUGGCGACGAUACAGGGCUUAUCUCAUCGCCCGGAUCGUUCUCCUCUUUUCUUCCCACUCACCCACCGCCUCCCCAACUCCACUGACAGCUCUUUUCUUAAUGUGUAUGUGUACAUAAAUUUGCUGUGACCAAUCUUUUUUUUUUUUUUUGCCUGUUUGUCAGUAUUUUUGAUAUUAUUAACAGAUUAUCCCGUUUGUAGUUUUACUUCCAAUGCAUUCAAGGUUUUCUGAGGAUCCGUGUCGUCUCUGUUGAGAGGGGCGAAGUGACUGAAGUUAGAGGAAUUAUUUUUCAGUUGAACAGAAAAAACGUAGAGAUUGAACGUCGUCUUGCCUUGACCUCUCGAAAUAGCAGAGAGAAUCCUUCCAAUGUUUUUUAAUGAGACGGAGGUUUCCAUGCUAAACCCGUAGACAUAAAUAACAUUUAUUAUAUUCCGGUUUAACAGUUUAAACAUCUUACAGCAUGUGUGGUGCACUUGCGGUUGUUGAGCAGGGGCACAUUCGAUAUAUUUAACCCUGAACAACCGCACCUCCCCAGGAGUAGUAAAGAAUGUGAAGUGACCGGCUUGAGUGAAAUAUAGAGGCUAAAUCAAAGUGGAACUCCCCGAAACGCAACGCCCUCUGGGCGUCGCUUCCCCCGCUCUGUUGUACCUCCCUGUGCCUCGACGCCCCUCGACAUCUCCUCACACAGAGCUGGUAUUGACAUCUCCCUGGUUCUAUUUAUUAUUUGUUCUCAAGAUAAUUUCCCCAAUAUUAUCCUCUGGAUAUGUGGUGUACUAAAAGUGAUAAUACAAUUGUCCUUUUCUUUGUGUUUGUAUGGAGAAGGAUAGAAAAUAUCUUAACAGCACUGAUUGCAAUUUUGUAAGUGCUCCAAUGUGUCUAAGUAAGUACGCCGUACAGUGUUAAAAAGACCAAAUGAACAAAAAGCUCCACAUAAUGCUCCACGGUAUUUGAAUUGUUUAGUGCUGUGUUUAUAGAGUACAUAAAAACAUAAUGAAAUGUUUCUCCUGGAUGCCUUCUGUGGAGUCGGGUGGGUGGGUGGCAGGACCAGGCAGUUAUGUGAAGCUAUGCCCCCUGGUGUCCAAAUACAGUACUACAGUCCACACGGCUCAGGGUGGGCUUUUCGUUUCAAUGCUGGUGCAACAUGUUGUCAUUUCCCACGAGGAGGUGCUGGCACACAUCUUCAGUCCACUGCAAACGAGAUGCAGUGGAUUCUUUGCGGUACACAUUUGCCUCUUUCUUUUUUCAUUGUGCGGUUUUAUUCUUUCUGUUGUAUUUCUAUGUUCUCUAUUCACAUUGCUUACUUUUUAUUCACUUAAUUUAUUUCCUAAUACUGACUGAUAAUAAUAAAACAAUGAGGUGUUACCAAAAGCUGUUUUGCAAUUUGUACAAGUUUGUUUGAAAGUCUGUACAUUCAAUAAAAUGGAUGGAAACCAA